AUGGAUGCGAAUAGGAGUGAUGGUCCUCCAGGCGGAGGACAGUACGGCGAUGAAUGGGCUCACGAUUUGAGGGUGCAGUUUGAGCAACUUCUCCGGACAAAGCGAUUAACCGAGCUUCAAACUCGAUCUCGCCAAGGGUCUCCUGCGCCCACGGUCAGCGCCUCGUCUGGGAAAUUGCCAGAUGCGCAGUCAUCCGACCGCGCCAGGCGAGGGACAUCGGAUAUGCAAACGCCGCCGCCAUACUCCGUCGCCCGAAACCUUCCCAUGGUUCCGACUCCGCCGGCGCCCGAUGACCGCGAGUCAACCAAAUUCAGGAACCUGCUGAUAUCUCUAUCCGCGACGCCGACCAAGUACGAGAACCCCGGCCUGCUCGACGAAGCCCUGCAAGCGCUCCCGCUGGACAGGUUAUACAGUGAGGCCGAGGAGGAGAGCCAGGUGCUUCGAGCCCAGGCCGAAAGCAUGGGGGAUGGGCGCAAACCGGAAUGGGGCUACCAGGACUGUCUCGUACGGGCCUUGCUCAGGUGGUUCAAGAACGAAUUCUUCACUUGGGUCAACAAUCCGCAGUGCCCGGUCUGCUUUUCGCCGACGAUUGCGCAGGGCAUGACACAGCCGACACCCGAAGAAAAGGCAUGCGGCGCUCUGCGCGUCGAACUCUACCGUUGCUCGAAUCCCAGCUGCAAGGCAUAUGAACGCUUUCCCCGGUACAGCGAUGUUUGGCGCCUCAUGCAGACCCGUCGCGGGCGAUGCGGCGAGUGGGCAAACUGCUUCAGCAUGCUCUGUCGGGCAAUCGGUGCCCGCGUCCGCUGGGUAUGGAAUGCCGAGGACCAUGUCUGGACCGAGGUCUAUUCGGUUCACCAGGAGCGGUGGAUACACGUGGAUGCCUGCGAAGAGGCCUGGGACAACCCUAGGUUGUACACCGAGGGGUGGGGCAAGAAAAUGUCGUACUGCAUCGCCUUUUCCUACGACGGCGCGACCGAUGUGACCAGGCGCUACGUGCGCAAGCCCGAGUAUUACAACGAACGCAACCGGUGCCCAGAAGAGGUCUUGCUCUACAUCAUGCAGGAGAUCAAACACCUACGUCGGGCCAACCUGGAUAAGCAGACGCGCUUUCAGCUCGAGAAGGAGGACACGAGAGAAGAUAAGGAGCUACGCAGUUACGUGGUCGCUUCAAUCACGCAAGCCGUGACUCAACUUGUGCCGACACCCACCGCCGGUCCGAGCGCUAGCACCCCGGCGAGGCGAGGCGGAACCUCGUCUGGCGACGAUACCAAGGUUCCCGUAUCUGCCGAUCUACCCGGCCGACAGAGCGGCAACGCUGAAUGGGUGGCUGCGCGCGGAGAGAACGGCAGGCGCAACCAAGGCUUCCCCCCUCCUCAUCAAGGCCCACCAUUCCCCUGA